AUGGGAAAUUCCCGAAGAAGGCACACCAAUAAUAAUAGCAGCAGCAGCAGCAGCAGAGGAUUAACACCUUCCCCAUCAUCAUCAUCGUUUAGUCAAAACAGGUCUUCCAGAGGAGAAAGGACGCCGCCGUCAUCAGGUUCUUCAUUCGUUCCCCCACCUGUUCGUCCACCACAAACUUUUUCUAUGCAGAAAACUCCCUCCUCUUCCUCAUCCACCACCGCCACUCGCACAACUUCUAGUGAUGCUGCUGCCCCUACGGCUGCCAAAAGUACAAAAGAAAAGAAGAGUAUUAAUAAGAAAUACGAGUACAUCCCCGAUAAUUUCUCGACCCUCGAUCAGGUUAGGUUCCUACGACUUAAUGAUCUAUUCCUGAUCUCCACCUCUAGCUAG